GUUCUGUGUCACUUAGAUUUUUGACAUCUCCUAUUAUUUAAUGUUUAUGUUUUUGGAAGAAGUUUGAUGAUUUAAUUAAGUUCAAAUGUUUUCUGAUCGAUUGUUCCGCCCGCCUGAUUGGAGAAUUGUUACAGACGGCUGCGUCAUGGAAUCAUCAGACUCUGUUCAAGUCUUUUCAGACAAAUACCUAGAGAACAUAAGUGACGCCUUCAAAACCUUAUACAAUGAAGAACAGUUAUCAGAUGUAACGAUAUACUGCAGGGAAGGAUCUCUGAAGGCACACAAACUAAUUCUUGCCGCAAGCAGCCCUUACUUCUGUAAAAUAUUCAGGGAGAAUCGAAAUGACUUUCCAAUCCUCAUCCUUCAAGGAACCUCCUUGAGUCAACUGAAAAAUUUCAUUGACCUCCUAUAUAACGGCAUAGCCGAUGUGAAAAACGAUGAUGUUGAAGCUUUGAACGCUCUUAUCAGAGAAUUUGAAAUUAAAGGAAUAAAAUUUGUACCAAAAACCUCAUCUAGCAAUGUGAGACUGGAAAUGAGUGGAAACUCCGAAUCUCCAGAUAGUUUGCACAAUAAAGAAACCAGAUUUAAGGGCAAAAAGAGGGUUGCAAUAGAUUACGAUCCUGAAGAGGAACCUAGAACGAACUCAUCUUUCAUUACAAGACCUGAAAGCAGUGAAAGGCAUAUAUCUAAAAAAGUUCAUAAUGAUAAUCUCCAUGUAGAUGAGCCAGUUCAAAAUGAAGUAAAUGUGAUGGAAAUGCCUCCAGUUCCAAAAAUUAAUAUUACAAGAGAUAUCAAAAGCAUACCUAAUCAUGGAUCAGAUAUGAAGCUUACCGCAUGGGCAAAAAAACAGAGAAAAUUCAAUUGUACUUUGUGUUCCAGCAGUUUCAAACGAUCAUCUCAUCUGGCUCGUCAUCAACUGGUCCACACAGGGGAGAGGCCUUUUCCAUGUUCAAGAUGCGAAAAAGCCUUUUCUAGACAUGACAAACUUAAACACCACAUGAGAAGAGCCCACGAGUACAUUCCAGAUUCCAUGUACGAAAAGAUAGACGAGUAUGUCGAUAGUGAUACAGAAUCCAGCAUUAGGACUUAUUCUAGUCCCCAACUCGACGACUCGGAAGUUGGCCCUACUGACCUUUCUACACCAAAGAAUUCAGAAGAAAAUUCUCCACCAUUAUUCACCAUUUCGCACAUUACUUCAAUAUUAGAGGAUAGCUUUGUGAAUCCCCCCAAAAAAGGAAGAGGAAGACCCAGGAAAUAUCCAGUGCAGACUCCUGGGUCGCUAAACAGCAAUCAGGAACUUCCUGUUUCAAAUGACAUCGAAGCAACUGAAGUAGUAGACAAUUCAGAAACUACUGAAAAUUUGAAAAAAGUGAAGAAAAGAAAGAAAAGAAUGACGUGGUUUGAUUUAUUGAUCUCAGAAAAUGAGGACAAAAGAGUAUCCCUGAGACUGCGACAAAAUAAAAAUGUCAACAAUAACGAAGAAUUUAUGUUUGCUAAAAUAGAACAACAAAGAAAUCCAACCAAUGCAGAUAUUAUGUGUAAUAUUUGUGACAAGCCGUUUGUACAUCUACGCAGAUUGAACAACCACCUGAGAAAAAUACAUGGUAUUACCGAUGGCCCUUCAGAGGACCAAUUAGAUUCCUACAAAAACCAAGAAAACCUUGAGAGUAGUUUAACCGAUGCAAAAGAAGAAUUGGUUAUUUCUGAAGCGAGUGAAAUACUUGAAGAAGAUGUAGGGGAAAAUGUAGAAAAAACGCAUGAACUGAAAGAUAUUGCAAGUAAUUCUUGUGAAGGAACAGAUGCGAUGAAAAAAUGGUCCUAUGAACAAUUGAGAAGAAGAUUACCCAAGGAUUGCAUUAUACAGCCAGUAGCAGAAGUUGCUGGAAAAAAAGGUAAUUUUCGCUCAAACAAGAAAAAAGUUUCUUCUCAAUCUCAAAGCUCUACUUUAACAGCUGCAAUUGAGAGUCACGAGGAAAACUCAACAAAACACCCUGAAGUGAUUACCAAUUCUUCCUUGGAAGGUAUUGUACUUGCAGAACAAAAAAAUGGUGCAUCAUUUUCAGAGAAAACGCCAUCUGAUAAUUCAAUACAUCCUUCUUCUCUGUGCCAAGUUGAAGAAAAUCCAAUUUCACUUGAUGUUGAUGAUAAUAUACCAAUUCCUCUUAAAAUACCUCUUUUGAGUUCAGCGAUAGAGAUCAGUGUAAUAAGCAGCAAAAAGGGAUUCCUGAAUAAAAUCGACAUUCCUGAGGAAAACAAUGAUGAUGAAGAUUUGUCAAUAACAGUUGUUAGUACAUCAAAAGAUAAUGAUCAGAGAGAUGUAACUGAUAAUGAUUGUACUUCGAUUAAUAAUACCACUGUACUCGAUGAUUCUUUGAAUGAAGAAAACGCAACUGUAAACUGUUCACAAUUACCACAAGCAAUACAUAAUGAAUUGGAAGUCCCACAAAAAAGGAAAAGGGGAAGACCAAGAAAGAACUUUGCUCCUGCUAUUAAUACAGAGAUUAGACCUGAUUGUGAAGUUCCUCCUGCUAUUAAUAAAGAGAUUAGACCUAAUUGUGAAGUUCCUCCUGCUAUUAAGAGAGAGAUUAGCCCUAAUUGUGAAGUUGUUCCAGUUGUCAAAAGGCGGAGAGGGAGACCUAAGCGUACAGUUGUUACUGUUUUGAAGAGUGGACCAGGUAGACCUAAGAGUGGACCAGGUAGACCUAAGAGUGAAGUUGCCCCCGCUAUUAAAAGAGGAAGAGGUAGACCUAGGCGUGAAGUUCCUCCUACUUUAAAAGCCAUUCCUACCAUCAAAAGAGGAAGAGGAAGACCGCCUAGGAUCGAAGUUUUUCCAUCGGGACCUGCUGUACAGAACUACAACAUCACAAACUUACCAUACGGAGAUUUAAAUUAUCUAACAAGUCAACAAAACCCAGCUGAAGAGGAAGAAGAUCCUCUUGUGAUAAUGGAACCACUAGUUGAAAUAAAUACGAGUAUGGACCAAAACGAUCAAUCCAAAAAUGGCGAACCCAAUCAGAAUGCAGAUGGUUUAGUCAAAAAGGAAAUUCAAAUUGAAAUUAAAACCGGCAGUGAUCUGGCCAGAGUGAAUUCUAUUGUAGAAAUGUCAAAUGAAAUCAAGACAGAACAGAACGAUGACGCUAACAAUCAUGAACAUAUCGAUAUAAGUGAAAUCGAAAAUAAAAUCGGACUUAUAGGAGAGUGCACAAUAUCUGUUGCUAAUUAAUAGAUUUAUACUUAAAGACUGUUUUACCUUUUGUUCACUUUCUCUAUUUGUAAUGUAAAGUACGUUCUAUUCGACUUAUUGUUUUAUAAUAAAAUAUUUUUGUUUUGAUUA